AUCAUCCUGUCACCGUUGAUGUCAAGCUUGGUGUACAGUCGCAGAAAUAAUGGCGACUGACGAUAGGCCGAGCCUGUCACCACAGUCCGCGAAGCUCAGCUAGCAAUGAACAUGCGACGCAAGGUGAGGGUUGUCCGACCGAAGGAAAUUUUCCGCGAAUCGACAGGUACCACACCUUUUGCUUGCUUCAUUCUCUCUGUCGUCGUAACGGCGGGCCUCGUAGAACACGUCCACAACACUUCCAGUCACGUUCUCAUUCUGAGCCGGGACGGCGGGAGGACGAAAUGGCGGAGAAAGCAAAGGCCGUGACCGAGGCGGCCGGCAGCGAAAGCAGCAGCGGUGAAGACUCGGAUGGGGAGACGGAGACGUCGUUAUUCAGCCCGUACUUGUCAGCUAAUGCUCUGCCACUGCUGUACACGAAUCUUGCUGGCGAAAUGGUGUACGUGCUGUCCACUCGCCUGGCAGCCACUCCUGGUAUCAGCGAGAGCAAGCGACAAAAAGUUCUCUGCGCACUUGUUGAUACGAUAUUUGAUCGGCGCUUCGUGGACGAGAGUCUCAUGAGCUACACGAUCUCACCAAGCCGCGGUGCCUUCAAAGGCAUUUUCCAGAAACUCAUUGAAAUCAGUUCUAUCAAGGUUGGAUCAACCAGCCUGAAUAAGAUGUACGACCUCAUGAUAAUGUCAUUGAAGAGUCAACUGUACUCGUGCCCACGACCAGAGGACUUCCUCUUGGUGACCAUAAACCACUUGGACGGCAUACAGAAUGCCAUUGGACCUAACCCAGGAACUGUGGAGUUACUGGACAACAUCUAUGACAUUGUACUGAAAAACUUCCAAGAUCUGACAUCCGGUCAGUUCAUUGUGCUCAGACAGCUGCUUCUGAAUUUCUUUCUCGAUGCGAAAACUAAGGUCUCGGUGCUGAUGAAGGAAGGCUUGCAGAAUGAGAACGGCCUUGUCAUUCAGCAUGGCGGUGGCAAUGUUCCGCACAGCUGUGAGCCACCAGGCGCCAUAAGGUACUUCAAGCAAGAUGGCCGCACGCCGGCAAGAGAGGAAGGAAGCUUUGCAGUCGACUAUCGCUAUGAGCCGAGUUUGCCAGCGCCAUCGCUUGAACGCCACGAUCAUCGCGGCACAAAGCUGGGACUUAACUUAUACAACUCUCCUGGAAGUUCUGCUAAACCACCAGUUGCAGCAACUCCUCCAAUUCGCGCACCCGACGCUAGCAGUCGCAAUCAGACCGGCCCUGUGGAUUCUAUGGUGGACCAAGCAACCAAGGAGAAAUUCCUACGACAGGCACGGGCCGAGGAUGAACUCAUGCGAAAGGCACUUGGUGAAAAGCAGCUGGUGAAAGGGAAGAAACCAUCAUUUGAUCUUGAGCUGGAUCUGGGUUUCGCAUCAACAGACAGCCCAAGCAUGGAGAAAAAGUCUAUCCAGCCUCAGGCGUCCACUAGUCCACCACAGCCUGGGGCUUCACAGGCUUCACUUGUUCCUAACACAGUGGCAGACUUUUCAAAGGGCUCUCGCAAGACCUACGAGAGUAUAUGGAAAGAAUUCACUUUCGACGACGAAGACCAAGGAGAUAGCUCUGGAGGACUGGCGGACCAAGUGAGAGUGUAAAGUGUGCAAAAACAACAGCAACAGAGAGCAGCAGUAACGGGCACGUACGAGAAAAGCUCAAGAAGGACGUAUCUGAGUACAAUAUGGAGGUAGCAAAUGAACGUUGCUGUGAAGAGGCUCAGGCAGGACAAGGGCGCAAUGCACAUGACAGCUGAUAACGUUAGACAGCAGAUGGUGCAAAGGAUCAGCCAGAGCGGCGGCGGUGGUAUAA